AUGACAAAGGAGUAUAUUAUUCGGGACCAUAUGGUAUCGCAUUACAGAAAGUUGUAUUCUGCUAAAGCUGCUGUAGACACAACUGUGCCUAAAACUAUGUGCUGUAGCGUAAAAUAUCUUGACCAAAAGCGCCGUGAACGGCUGAAGAAAGCCAUGUCUGAAAGGGCCCAAUCAGCAGAUUCCCUUUCACAGAGAAGCACUAGGGUGAUCACUCAGCCCUCAAGCUCAUGCAAGACUAGCAGACCUUCCGUUCAUGCUAAUGAGAGUACCUACCUUGACCUGAGGAGCACUGUGAUGUCAUCACCCAGGCUGAACACCUCUUUCCACUCUAAGCAAAUGGUGUAUCCAUCUCAAACUGCAGAAUCGUUCCGGAGUCCUCCCAGUCAUUUUCGUUCCGCUUCAGAGCUAAGCUACAGAAGCCCAAACUCUCAGAGGCAUCAGUCAGCUCAUUCCUACACUGUGUCUGGUAGUCAGCGGUAUAAAACCUUCAAAGACCCCAUCCAGAAGACCUACAGUGGUGACCUCCUAUUGAAACACUCCCACUGCUUCACUCAGGAAAAACCCUUCACCCCUAGGACACUGAAAUCCAACAGCACAUCUACUCUGUCUCAGUACCGCUUCUACACCCCUCCCAGGAGAAAACCAUCUGAAGAAAAGCCUCCGCCCAGAUUAACUCGACAGGAGACCUACCAUGGAAGGUACUGUGCAAAUACAGGGAAGGAAUUUAGUAUGGAGCAGGAAUGGUCCGAUGAUGACUCAGACACAUUUAGACGUCACAGCAAAGAAAAUAAGAGGAAAGACAGACAUUUUGCUUUGUCAUCCUCCAGGGUUUCUCCAGAGGGAAUGAGGUCCCCCAUUAUGAAGAAAGUAACAGCAGAGGAGGAAGAAUUAAUGUACCUGGAAUUUACAGUAGAUGUAACUAAUGAAAUCUUGUCAAGGGGACUGUAUUCUGACAGGGUUUUGGAACGAGUGUUUGAACGUCAUAUUGAUAUGAAUAAACAUCGCUUAGAUGAGGACAAAAUGCGCCACUUUCUGGAACUUCUGAAGAAUGAUUUGCAAAGUCCUGAUUGUACCAGCUUCUCAGAUUCAGACAAAGAAUCUAGAAUGCUUGUAGGACAGAUCCCUAGAAUGCUAGGGCAACAAGACAUGGCAUUACAUAUAGGGGACAAUUCUACUUUUACAGAGAACGAAGACCAUCUGCUGGUAGGACACAUCCCUCGAACCCUUGGAUCUCAAGAGGUGACAAAAGACGAUUCCAGCUUCUUAAAUUACAGUGUAUUUAAUGAAGACCCAGAGAGAACAGAGAAUGUUUCCUCAGUUAACACACAAGUAGAUACUAGCCUCACCGAGAAUACUGCUCCGUCUGGUCAGUGUGAAGAAACAGGAGAUGUAGAGCUAAAUCACAAAGAGGACGAAGGAUCAUCCUUGAGUGAAAAUAACCAUCCAGCCAAUGACGAAAACAAUCUUCAAAACACAUCAGACAAUCACGAAGUUAUAAGAGAGCUUGAUGAACUGGGGAAGAGUUUGGCUGAGUCCCUACAUGUAACGGAAACGGAGAACUCACAGACAAUCACUGAACAGGAGGAAUCAGGAGCUAAGCUGAGUGACGAUGAGUUUUAA